AUGAAGGAAAGGAGGAGUACGCAGCCGCUUGUUGUGAGGUGUAAACUGGUGCUGGUUGGAGACGUCCAAUGCGGAAAAACGGCGAUGUUGCAAGUCCUCGCCAAAGACUGUUAUCCAGAGACGUACGUGCCCACGGUGUUUGAGAACUACACGGCCUGUCUGGAGCUAGAGGAGCAGCGCGUGGAGCUCAGCCUCUGGGACACCUCAGGUUCGCCAUACUAUGACAAUGUGAGGCCCCUCUGCUAUAGCGAUUCAGAUGCAGUUCUGCUGUGUUUUGACAUCAGUCGCCCUGACACUGUGGAUGGCAGCCUCAAAAAGUGGAAGAACGAGAUCCUUGACUUCUGCCCCAGCACACGGAUCCUUCUGAUUGGCUGUAAGACUGACCUGCGCACAGACGUCUGCACCCUGAUGGAGCUGUCCAAUCAGAAACAGACCCCUCUCACCUACGAGCAGGGCGCUGCUAUGGCCAAGCAGCUGGGUGCCGAGGCCUAUCUAGAGUGCUCCGCCUUCACCUCAGAGAAGAGCAUCCAUAGUGUGUUCCGCACAGCAGCUUUGGCCUGCAUCAACAAACUCCAGGCAGUCCCAAAGCCCAGCCCUACGCGCCGCCUAUCCAAAAGACUGCUGCACCUCCCUAGCAAGUCAGACCUUCUCUCCUCCACCUUCAAAAAGGAGAAGGCUAAGAGCUGCUCUGUCAUGUGAGUGGACGCCAUCUUGGGCUUCCAAAAGGUCUCUCCGAGCCCCUGCCUCUUUUGGUCUUGGGGAAGGGGGGGUGGGCACGAUUUAUCAGGACGUCCUGCUGAAUCCUUCCCCUAAC